AGUCAUUACUCAUCUCAUUAGUACUGAUGAUUCUUAAUUUUUUUCCUGAUUACAUUAGUCAACCAAAAUCUUCCAACUCCAUCUUUUGAUUUGAGCCAUAGGUCUAGUUUUUGCGGAUUACGAUUUCAUAGUUUUGUCGUAUGUGUAUUGAUUCAUUUUUUAUCAUGCAGGUGUCUGUUUUAUGUCUAAUGAAUUGCCAAGGUAUGUGGUGAAUCAAGUGACAGCUGGGAAUUACGAUUGUCCAAAGAAGGUCUUAAAGUUCUUGACAGACCUCCAUGCUGCAUUUCGUAUGCUUAAUCUUCGCAAUGAUCUUUUGCGAAAGAAGUUUGAUGGCAUGAAGUAUGACCUAAGAAAAGUAGAAGAAGUUUAUUAUGAUGUUAAAAUUCGGGGUUUGACACCGAAUGGUGAGCUAAUUGGAGACCUGGAGAUCAAGGAACCAAAGGACAAUCGUUUGUUGUGAUAGCUGUUAAGCUAAAACGAGAGAACUUACGACAUGGAGCUUUACCGACUGCUCAACAAUUAUGCACCUUAAAUAGUUUGAUAGGCUGCUGGACUUUCUCUUUAGCUGUAACUGAACUUUUCCAUCACCGCCACCACCACCUCUACAACCACCACCACCACCAAUUGCCAAUACCCACACCACCACCACUAUCAACACCAAUACCACUACCUAACCACAUUCACCAAC